GAUAUCACUCCGACCAGCAAUAGACAGCGAUAGAAUACGCUCAUUAGGGCAAAAAUGGGAACUCGAGGACGCCAAGCCAAGAAGCAACAGCGGGAACCCGCACCUUUAGAUGAAUCUACUAUAGCGCGAAUAAAAGGUGUGCCAGUAGGUGCCAAGGCCAAAAAUGGAUCGAAGAAGGCAGCUAAGGGGAAGGCAGGUGCUUCAUUGGACCGAAAUACGAAAAAGGCAGGCAACCAGAAUGGGAAGGGAGGAGCUCGAGGAAAGACGCAGAAAAGUGUAGAGGAGGUGUCGGCUAUUGGGGAGUCGGAUGACGAGGAAGCAACCCUCCCGCCUGCAAAAAGGAGCAAAGAUAUCAACGGAAAGCCAAAACAGAAACGGACGCCAGCCGACGAGCCAGAGGUCGAGCCAGAGCUGGAUGAAGAUAGCUGGGAAGACCUUGAUGAUGGUUUUGACGAUGUGGAGGACGACGGAAUGGACAUGUGGGACGAUGCCGAGUUGGAGGAUGAUGAGGAUGGACUCAUGGGUGAUGAGUUUGAUGAUCUCGAAGGUUCUUCUGAUGAGGAAAAUGGUGGUGGUCAAACAUUAGCGAUGGCCUUUGGUUCAGAUGAAGAAGGAUCGGACGGAUCGGAAGAUGAUGAGCUGGAGGUGGAGAAGCAAGCACGAGAGCUGGAUGAGCAAGCUAAAGAAGAUGAACGUCUGGCUGACGAGGAGCUGCAGACUAACAUCGCUCAACGGGAAGUCUUCGUUUUGCCAUCUGGACAGGAAAUUGAAAAGGAUGCUCAAGUUGCGGAAGAUGUAUCAUUAGUACAGACUCGAAUCCAGGAGAUCAUUCGUGUGUUAAAUAACUUUAAAGAAUUAAAGGAUCCUGACCGUCCACGAUCAGAAUACAUCGAUCAGCUCAUCAAAGACAUCGCUACCUACUACGGUUACAACGAUUACCUCGCCGAGAAACUAUUCCACCUCUUCCCCCUCUCCGAAGCCAUCGAGUUUUUCGAAGCGAACGAAGUACCACGGCCUGUCGUCAUUCGUACAAAUACUUUGAAAACACGGAGAAGGGACUUGGCACAAGCGCUGAUCAACCGUGGAGUCAAUCUCGAGGCAGUUGGAAAGUGGUCCAAAGUCGGCCUUCAGAUUUUUGAUUCGCCGGUCCCAAUCGGUGCUACACCAGAAUACCUCGCCGGUCACUACAUGCUUCAGGCUGCGGCAUCAUUUUUGCCAGUAAUGGCAUUGGCGCCCCAAGAGCAUGAACGCGUUCUGGAUAUGUGCGCUGCUCCCGGAGGGAAAACAACAUACAUUGCCGCUCUUUUAAAGAAUACUGGUUGUCUAUUUGCGAACGACGCAAACAAGGAUCGAUUGAAGUCACUGAUGGCAAACUGCCAUCGUUUGGGAGUUAAAAACUCGGUUGUGUGCCAUUACGAUGGGCGGGAGUUCCCUGGCGUUAUAGGAGGGUUCGACAGGGUACUAUUGGAUGCCCCCUGCAGUGGCACUGGUGUUAUCUCCAAAGACCCUUCCGUAAAGAUCAACAAAUCAGAUGAAGAUUUCCGUAUGUUGACUCAUGUCCAGAAGGAACUUAUUCUUUCUGCCAUCGACUCUGUCGAUGCAACAUCGAAGACUGGGGGGUACAUUGUUUACUCCACAUGUUCGGUUACGGUAGAAGAGAAUGAAGAGGUGAUUGAGUACGCAUUGAAGAAGAGACCCAACGUCAAAUUGGUGCCGACGGGGCUGGAGUUUGGACGUGAAGGGUUUGUCAGCUUCCGUGGCAAAAAGUUCCACCCGACUCUUUCGCAUACUCGACGAUACUACCCCCACACACAGAAUAUGGACGGGUUCUACGUCGCCAAAUUGAAAAAGGUCUCAAAUAAAGUGCCCGGGAAGACAUCGACGGAGAGUGAAGCUACUGGUGAAGAUUCAAACGUAAAGACUUCCAGCAAGAAGACCAAAGUUGAGGAACAGACGGAGUCUUACGGUUUUGACGAAGAGGAGGAUAAGCAGUACAUUGCGGAAGCAGAGCGAAAACGUUUGAAGCGUAAGGGAAUCAAGGUGACUGCUACGCCCUCGAAGAUAACAGAGGAAGAGGAAGCAGAAGCCAAAUCCGCAUCUGCGGCGCCCACAGAAACGAAGCAGAAAACGCAGCAAAAUGGACAGGCGAUAGCGGGGGAGCCAUCAAUAGGGAAGAAGCAACAACAGAGAGCUGACAAGAAGGCGGCGAAAAAGGCAGCCCUUAAAAGACUGAAGGCGGGGGAGGAGAUUGAGGUGGAUAUAGAUGAGAAUGGCGCUGUAGACGCAAAAGCGUCGACCGGAUCAGCUCCUGCAGGUCAAACAAAAUCGGCGAAGGGGGAUGCACGCGAAAAUCAUCCAGCAAAAAAGAGAAAGCGAGCGGGCAACUGAAAUUUCGAUAUCAUUUUGUUUAAUCAAUUUAUUUCUUUGAUCAAAUAUCAUUCCUGUAUAUUUUCGCAUAUUUGUGG